AUGCAUUAUGAGAGAAAUAUUGUUGUGAUAAAGGAAGACUCAUUACUUGUUGUAGGAUUCAAGGAUCAACUGCUUUGUAGGGUUGGGAAUGGAAAUAAUACCCGGUUUUGGAUGGACCCAUGGGUUAAUUUCAAACCUCUGAGCAUCCAGUUUUCUCGGUUGUUUGCGAUGAGCAGUAAUAAAUUGGCACUGAUUUUGGAUACAAGAUUGUUUAUGAGGGACAAAUGGGUUUGGGACCUUUCGUUUAGGCGAGCUUUCUUUAGGUGGGAGCUAGAGUUGUAUACCACAUUUCUUAACAUGAUCAACUCUAUAACACCAGCCAAAGAAUCAGAAGAUUACUUGAUGUGGAAGUGCCAACGGAUUGUUUGGUGUGGAAGUGCCAACGGAUUUUUCACGGUUCGCGGGUUGUGCAUUUGGGUUUAUGAGAAUGUGCAGGCGGAGGAUUCAGUCAUAAUACCAGAAAAGAUUAAGAAAAUUCUGCCUCCAAAGGUGAGUCUAUUGUUCUCGAAAGUGUGUCAUAAUAAGUUAGCUACAAAAGCAAACUUGAGAAGGAGAGGGGUGUUACACGAUGAUCAUGGCUUGUGCUGUUUCUGCAAUCUCAGGGAAGAAAAUAAUCAUCACCUAUUUUUUCUCUGCUCUCGUAUAAGAGAUUUCUGGUAUAACAUAAUGAAAGGUGUGGGGAUGUCAUGGUCAAGUCCAGAGUCAUUGUUGACCUUAAAGGAGGAAUGGGAAACACAUGGAAGUGGGGAUAACACAAUAUGGGAAACACUUGUCUGGGCAAUUUGA